CUGGAAGAUCGCUAUCCCGUCUCACCAGCCUGAGCCUGAUCGUUCCUCUUCGAUUGCGCUUGUCACUUGUCAACGCUUCCCGCCAAGCGCGGUGAGUGGGCUAGACUGGCUGCCGAUAGCAGGCGCGCUGCUGCGACGCGCCAGAGGGCCAGAGGGACGAUCUACAGGGCACAGAGUGAGAGGAUCCUUCGCGCCACGCCGCCGGUGAAUCAAGCAGAGUUGCUAAGAUUUUGGCGGGAAUGCGAAAAAUUUGGCGGGAAUUUGGGGAGGGAGCGGUAGUCGAACAUCGCCCGGAGAAGGCGAGGGAAAGGGAGCUCGCAUGGUGAUCAGCAUUGGCCCUGGGACACAGUCGAGGGGAGGACUUCUUCGCUGAGCGCGCAGGGCGCAAUACACUAAAUAGAAUACUUCCUCCCCCUCCCCUCCCCCCCGCCCCCUCCCGCCCUCCCAACCGCAAAAAAGAAAAAAUAACAAAAUUCGUUGUCCACGUGUCACGAAGUGGUGCUCCAGGCGAGCGAUAGAGAGAGGGUCGCGGAGGCUGUGCGUGCGGGGGCUGCUGCUGUCGCCACGUGCGCUGUUGUCGGGACUUUGGGCGACACCGAGUGGGCGGAUAAGGAAGGAGGAGCGAGAGGGGGAGGCAGGCGGUGUGCUUAGUCACCGCGCGCCGAUUUGGCGGGGAGUAGUUGUGCCUCCGUACCUCGCGCCGAUCGGUCGGUCAGCUGGUCGGUAGGGUGGGAUCCCUGCUGCCACUGGGAGGUGUGCUACCUGCGCGGGAUCUCCGCGUGUUUGCGCCGAUGGGUUCGUCCGCGACUCUUGCUGCGGCGGGCAGCAGCGCUCGGAUCAUGACCGGCGGCGUUGUCUCUUCCUCUUGCGGGGCUCUCUCGUCGCUGUCGGGACGCAUUGCCAGCAGCGAAGGCGUUGUCUCUUGUCCUCUUCGAGGCCUGCUUCGGAAGCUCCCGACAGAGGAUUGUGGAUGGGAGGCGACACGUGGCGGACGGACGCACGUGUGCGAGCGCACGGGGCGAGUAGGGCUUGCGACCAAACGCGCACAGGCCUGGCGAGCGCUUCGUACCGGUGUGCGAGCAAAUGGCUCGGCCCAAGUGGCAGUCGAGGAGUCGAAGGCAGCCAAAGGGGGAGCCUCUGCUGAUGGUCCCGUGUGUGUGGUGACUGGCUCCUCCAGAGGAAUUGGUCGAGCAGUGGCUCUCGCGCUUGGAGCAGCGGGUGGAAGGGUGCUUGUGAACUAUUCAAGGUCGUCCACUGCUGCCGAUGCUGUAGCUCAGGAGGUGACUGAUUUGGGAGGUGCAGCACUCGUCAUCGGUGGUGACGUCUCCAAGCAGGAGGACGUGGAUAAGAUGUUCAAGGCGGUCAUGGACGAGUGGGGCCAGGUGGAUAUCCUGGUUAAUAAUGCAGGCAUUACAAGGGACACGUUGAUGAUGCGUAUGAAGCUGGAUCAGUGGCAGGAAGUCAUUAAUCUCAACCUAACAGGCGUCUUCCUGUGCUCACAGGCUGCAUGCAAGAUCAUGAUGAAGAAGCGAUCGGGGCGUAUUAUUAACAUCUCUUCCGUCGUUGGCUUGGCGGGAAAUGUUGGCCAGGCUAAUUAUAGUGCAGCAAAGGCUGGGGCCAAUGCCAUUUGUCCAGGGUAUAUUGCUUCCGAUAUGACUAAGGAACUCUCCAAAGACUUGGAGUCGAAGAUUCUCUCAGCCAUUCCUCUUGGACGAUAUGGCAUGCCAGAGGAGGUCGCAGGGCUUGUUAAAUUUCUGGCUUUGGAUCCUGCAGCAAAAUAUAUCACUGGUCAGACCUUUGCUAUUGACGGUGGGAUGACGAUGCAGUAGACGCACGUGGUGACAUAUGUGCUGAGGGAGAAGGAAAGAGUGGAUGACAAAAAUGUUUUGGAGAGGUCAUUAUUUCCAACAAGAAUGUUCUGGAGAAGUAAAGGGGAGCAGGUAAGAGUGGAUGGUGGAGACAGAAAUGAGAUUAGAUAGAGGGUUUGGGAAGAUAGGAAAGGUGAGUGGGGGUAGGUAGUGAAUCGACACUAGCCUGGUUGAGGACUGCACGCAAGCGGUCAAGGAGGUUUUAACUGUGUACUGGUGUUCAAACAUGCAGGAAAGCCUGCGCGCCCAGGCCAUGAAGCACCGGAGAAAAAAAAAUGAACUGGGCGACGGUUCCGAGCGACCGCACUCCACCGGUACCACCUCUCCUUUGGCUUCUCGUGGCCCCACAAGGGAAGUUACGCGAGAUCCACUUUUACUUUUAGAAGGAUGAGGGAAAUUACUCAAAUCCAAGUAGUUGUAUUAGGUCCUUAAGACAGAUUUCUAGAGAAAUGGCCUGGUUUUGCCCACUUGCCACAUAUGUUCUGGCUUUAACAGCUGGAGAAGGACAUGCCUCACUCUGGCUGAUUUGUGGGAGGGGUUAGUGGAGAAGGCUCUCUGUGAAGCUAUAGAGGUGUUUUAUGUUCUUCUAGGCAAGCCCUUUUAUGAAGAAGCCGUCAAUUCUGAGGCUUCUCUUACCACCACCGGGAUAGAGGUCUUACGCAAGGGCUAUUUUAGUGUUUUUGCAAAAAAAAAAGCAAAAAAAAAAAAAAAAAAAAAAAAAAGGGAGAGAGGUACACCUGGACAUUUGCCCUAGUGUCCGCUCAUUUGCUUCUUUGUCUCUUCCGCUGUUUUUUGUCCCUUCCUCGUCUUUUCCCUUUUUGGUUAGUGGCACAAUUGUUCCAUCUUUCCCUUAUUGAUGAGGGUUCUCUCGGAGCUGUUUAAGUCCCAUGUGGUAUUGCUACAAGCUUUUUCUUUUUUCCUUAUCUGCUGGGCAAGAUGACACAAUUUUGGGAUAUGGCUCUACGACAAGGAUAGAACUGUUUUGUCCAUUGAUACACUUCAAUUGUGCUACAAGUGAUUACCCAAAAAAAAAAAAAAAAAAAAAAAAAAAAACACAAGUGAUUACCUACAGGCUGUGUUGUGUAACAAGGGUCAGAUCCCACUACCCUGGAUUAUUCAUUUUUCACCCUCGAUUACGAAGAUCGACGGUCAGAAAGGAACAAUAGGGGCUAGUGGGAUCUGGCCCUUAUAGUUGGAAUUAGAACAGCAGCAGUAAUCUGUUGAAGAGCUAGUGUGCCAAACUCUUUUCUCUAUUGGCUCUCAUUUGUUUACACCUUUUUACGCCCUGCACUCAUGGUUAAUGGGUGGUGUUAUGUUCGGUGAAUUUUUCACCGAAACAGUGUGAAAGUACCAUAUUUCCCUGAAUUUUUGCCUUUUUUAUGUUUUUGUUUGUUGUGUGAUAUGUAUGUGCUUGAGGGCAUAUCUGUAUUCAGUUUCGGCGUAUUUGGACGAGUAACGAAGAAGUUGGCAAAAACACCGAAUUCGGGAAAAUUUUUGGCAAACUUCGAAAGCUACUCCGAAUAGGGUUUUAUAGUGCUUUUGAG